AUAUUUUCCUGGUGAUCUGCACAGGAGGAGAUUAUUUUUAGUCUUUUCCACCUGUCCAUCCAUGAAGUUGUGAUGAUGGGACUGUAAUGAAUGAGUGAUCAGAAAGACCCCGGGGUCCUCUUUCUGUGCCACACACCUCCUCAUGGAUUCCAGCGGGGAUGAGGCACUGGACAUCAUCAUCACAAAUGUGGUGGCCACGUUCAGGACCAGGUGCCACCUAAACCUGCGCACCAUCGCCUUAGAAGGAACUAAUGUCAUCUAUAAGCCUGAGGUUGGGAAAGUGUUGAUGAAACUUAGGAAGCCCAAGAUAACCGCCUCAAUCUGGUCCUCAGGGAAAAUCAUAUGCACUGGAGCAACAAGUGAGGACGAAGCAAAGCUGGGCGCUCGCAGGUUAGCUCGCUGUCUACAGAAACUUGGCUUCAAGGUGAGGUUUUCAGCUUUCAAAGUUGUGAAUGUGCUCGCGGUGUGCUCCAUGCCGUUUGCAGUCCACCUUAUAGACUUCACAAAGAAGAACCGGCCCAUUGCCAGUUAUGAACCGGAGCUCCAUCCUGCUGCUAUGUACAGAAUCAAAACUCUGAAGGCUACAGUACAGGUGUUUUCCACUGGCAGCCUCACAAUUACAGGACCAAACGUGCAGAACGUGGCAGCAGCGGUGGAAUACAUCUACCCUCUUCUGUUUGAGUGUCAGAAACCCCGCUGCAAAUGAAAGAACAUUUCACAGGCUCGCAGAGGAAGACAACCCCCGAGUGAUGAGGAAGCACCUUAUCUUUGGAUAGAUGUGGGAACGGCCACAUGUCUGAACCAACUGACUGGACGUGGA